ACUCGCUGUUUUGACCUGCCUAUGGACGAUUUCGGAAAAUUAUGCAUGCAGAUGACCUUCACCCCACAAAAACUCCAGACCACUUCCGGUGUUGAUGUUUACUGUUGAUGCACGUAGCGUUCUUCGACCAUACCGGCUCUUAAAAAUAACAAUGAUGGUCGAUUUUGCUGUGUACCUCAAUGUACAGUUAAAGCCUACAAAUGUCCAACAUUAUCCUUUCAUGGAAUUCCGAAAGAUGAACAAAUGAAGAAGAUUUGGCUUGUAAGAAUUCAGAGAGACGAAGGGCCACUCUUUCGGAUCAGAAAUUGGACAAGGGUUUGUAGCAGGCUUUUUGUGCCAGAAGAUUUUCGCCCUUUGACCUUAAAAGGAAAACAAAGAAGACUUAAAUCAGAUGCUGUACCAAGUCUGUUUACAUGGAAAAACUUCCAAUGUGGAAAAGAAAGAAAUCAGCCUGCAGUUCACCAUCCCAUGUCACAAGCAAAUGCCAACACAAAUCAGAGUGAAAACGUGGACACAGAGACUGCAACAGCAGACGCAGAGCCUGCAACAGAGGCUAUUAAUUAUUAUAUGAUGAGCAAGAGUAAUUAUCAUGUAUGACUACAUAGAUGUGUGUGUAUCAUUUAUGACAACAUAGAUGUGUGUGUAUAUAUAUAAUGCAUGCUAAAUUAUUGCUCAUUAUACUCCGAAUGCAAAAAUU